AUGAAGUCAACGAUUCUGGCCUACGCUGCCAUUUCCCUUUUGACCACGGUCACAGCUAAAGGCACGCCGCUUCUCGCCGCUCGUGCAUCGACCACAGUUACACCAGUCACGGUCACCGGAAAUGCAUUCUACCAAGGCUCCGACCGCUUCUAUAUUCGAGGUGUGGCAUAUCAGCCAGGCGGUGGCACUGGAGCUGUCACCGAUCCUAUUGCGGAUGCAACAAGCUGCAAACGGGACAUUGUUUACUUCAAAAAGCUCGGUAUCAACACCAUCAGAGUCUACGCUGUCGACAACACAGCAGACCACGAUGAAUGUAUGAACGCUCUAGCCGAAGCAGGAAUCUAUCUCAUUCUUGACACCGACACCCCGAAAUACUCAAUCAACCGAGCGGACCCAGUUCCAUCCUAUAACAGUGUCUAUCUCCAGAGCGUCUUCGCAACCAUUGACAUGUUUGCCAAUUACACCAAUACUCUUGCCUUUCUUUCUGGUAACGAGGUCAUCAACAACGCCACCAAUACGAAUUGCGCUCCGUAUGUAAAAGCAGUCACUCGCGACAUGAAGGAGUAUAUCAAGAGCAGAAGUUACAGAACCAUUCCGGUUGGAUAUUCCGCUGCAGACGUCGCGGAGAACCAACAGCUGAUGGCCGAGUACAUGAACUGUGGAACCGACGAGCAACGCAGCGAUUUCUACGCCAUCAACGACUAUUCCUGGUGUGAUCCGUCCUCGUAUACAAUUUCAGGCUGGGAUCAAUUGGUCAAAAAUUACACUGGAUAUGGGAUCCCUUUAUUUAUGUCCGAAUACGGAUGUAUUACCAAUACAAGAACCUUCGGUGAGGUUGCUGCCCUCUACUCGGAUGAGAUGACGGCAGUUUUCUCCGGCGGUCUUGUCUACGAGUACUCAAACGAGGGCAACGGGUAUGGUCUGGUCAAUAUCUCCUCAUCGACAACGGUGGUUCCCACAGAGCAAUUUACAUACCUCGAAACUGCAUUCGCCAAUACCACGAACCCAACAGGCGACGGCGAUGCUUCCACCAGUAACUCUAGUUCAACUUGCCCAUCGCAAAGCGACCAAUGGGAUGUCACUACGGAUACCCUUCCUGUGAUUCCCAGUGCUGCUGCGAAAUUCAUGACGACUGGGGCUGGGACUGGGCCAGGUUUGGAUGGCGCUGGUAGUCAAACUUCUGGCGACGCGGAAACUGAAAGCGGUGGAAGCGCAACAGCUAGCUCCAGUACAUCUUCGGAUACUGCAUCGGCAUCAAGCACGAAGAAGAGCGAUGCGGGAGUGCAGGUUCCUCCGGUCAUGUUGAAAAGUUUGUCCCCUAUAGGAGUCGUCUUUGUCGCCAUGUUAGGAGGUAUGGCUGUUUUCUGGAGGCCCACAUCCCCGGAUUCUUGGCAUCUUCCCCCUGUCAACCGAGCCGAGACCCUCGGCUGCCCCGCCUCAGAGCUUCAAAAUCCGAUUCAUCCUCCUCCAUCCUCUCUCAUCGAAACUCAUGUAAAACCUACCACAACAAUACCAGUUCAAAUUCCAAAGCAUAUCUUUGUCGGCUUCAAACUAAUGACCCUUAGCAAUCCAGCCUUUUCAUCCUACACCAUUCAAAAAAUCCCAAUUCCCGUCCUCUUCCUCAGCAGCCUCUCACACUCAAAACCCAACAAGCCAACCCCAUCAACACCCUCACCCACUUCCACCAUGUCCUCUCAGAAAUUCACAGCCCCACCCCCCUCCCUCCCCUCAGAACUUCAAAUCUCCUUCCCGGCCCCAAAAAUCUUACUCAUCACCCUCAACCGGGCCGCUCAACUCAACGCCAUCUCCACAGCCAUGCACUACGCCCUCGACAAUCUCUUCACCUGGUUCGACAGCCAGCCGUCUUUGAUGGUCGCCGUGAUCACCGGCUCCGGACGUGCCUUCUGCGCCGGUGCGGAUCUGAAGGAAUGGAAUGAGGGAGGGCGGGGAGGGAUGCCUGCGGGUGGGUUCGGCGGGUUGAGUAGGAGGGGUGGGAAGAAACCGGUGCUGGCGGCGGUUAAUGGGAUUUGUUUUGGGGGUGGGUGUGAGAUGAUUGUUAAUGCGGAUAUGGUGAUUGCGAGUGAGAAGGCGCAGUUUGCGUUGCCUGAGGUCACAAUCGGAGUAACUGCUCUCGCAGGCGCUCUCCCCCGCCUCAUUCGCACCGUAGGCCGUCAACGAGCUACCGAAAUGGCACUGACAGGCCGACGCCUCUCCGCGUCAGAAGCGAAAGAAUGGGGCCUAGUCAACGCAGUCAUCCCCGGUUCAUCUGAAGACUUACUUAAAGAAGCGCUGAAAGUCGCAGAGACCAUUGCAUCCCAUAGUCCUGAUUCCAUCAUUGUCACGCGUGAGGGAUUGAAGAUUGGCUGGGAGGGUGUGGGUGCCGAAGAGGGAACACAGAUUUGGGCUGAUACGUGGUAUUCUAAGAUGAAUGGGGGGGAGAAUAUGAAGGAGGGCGUGAGGUCUUUUGUGGAGAGGAGGAAGCCGAGGUGGGUGGAGAGUAAGUUGUAG